AUGGCUACGGCGACAGACAGCGUCGCGCAGCUCUACAGCACCAUCGCCACCUCCGAAGCCACACGCCUGGCCUUGCACCCCAUGGAGCGCGAAAUCACCCUCCGCACUAUCCGCGCGCACCUCCCGGCCGCGUCCGCUGUCGCCGACGUGGGCGGUGGCCCGGGCAAGCUCGCCUUUGCGCUCGCCGACGACGGCCACGCCGUGGACCUCGUGGACCUGACGCCCGCGCUCGUCGCCCUGGCCCAGCAGGAGCAGGACGCGCGCCGUGCCUCGGGCCAGACCGACCACCUGCUGCGGAGCCUGUCCGUGGGCAAUGCCCUGCACGUGUCGGCGCUCCUCCCGGCGGCCUCGUACGACGGCGUGCUGCUUCUCGGGCCGCUGUACCACCUCGUUGAGGAGUCGGAGCGCGUCGCGGCGGUGGCGCAGGCGCUGCAGCUGGCCCGGCCGGGUACGGGGGUGGUGUUUUGCGCGUUUGUUAGUGUGGCGGCGCAUCUGAGGGACAUUGCCGUCCGGGACCCGGCCAAGCUGGUUCGCGCGGGGGGCUUUUACAAAAACUAUCUACGUAGUGGCAGAUAUGACGCUUUCAAGGAAUCGCUCGGGAUUGCGGUGCAGGGCUACCACACUUGCGCUGCCGACACACGCGCGUUCCUGGAGAAGCACUUUACGAAGGAGGCGGAGCUUGUUGAACUACGCUCGACAGAAGGGAUUCUCGGCGGCGGACUGGAUGCCAAGCUUGAGGAUGCUGGGCCUGAGGUCGUCCAGGCAUGGGCCAGUCUCAUGUACGACGAGUACUCGGCAAAGGAAGAGUAUCUAGGCUGCGCCGACCAUCUUAUUGCUGUUCUUCGUAGGAAGUAG